AUGGCCGAAAAUACCAGAUCUAAGCACCAGCAACAGGAGCAACUUCAGCUUCAAGUUAAGCACCAACAACAAGAAAUCCUGGAAUUAAAAUCAGAUGUCAGUAAUGUGCAAACUGAUGUGAGUACGGUGAAAGUAGAUGUAAAGGAAAUCAAAGACAUGUUACGUACACUUUUUGCCCAGCAACAGAUCCAACCACCACCACCCCCUCCACCCUUCAACCAUGAAAUUCCUCCCGAAAAUGAACAUGCAGACCCGAGAAGAUUCAAUCCUAGGGGGGUCAGACUUGACUUCCCUCAUUUUCAAGGUGUUAACUUGGCAGCAUGGCUUUUCAAGGUCAAUCAUUACUUUGAAUUCCAUCAAACACCCCUACCACAGUGGUUGUUGAUGGCAUCGUACCACAUGGAAGGUGAUGCUCUCGUGUGGUUCCAAAAUGCAGCAGAUGGGGGCUUAUGCAGGGAUUGUGAUACUUUUUCUAGAUCAUUACUACUUCGUUUUGGUGCAACAGCUUAUGACGACCCGAUGGAAGCGUUGACACGACUCAAGCAAACCAGCUCUGUUGCUAGUUAUAUGGCGCAGUUCGAAACAUUAUCUAAUCGCUUUAGAGGCCUCUCGGACCUCCAUAAGCUGAGUUGUUUCCUCAGCGGCCUGAAAGAUGAACUCCGCAUACCAGUAAGGAUGCUGAAUCCAGUGAAUUUAAGCGCAGCGUAUGGCUUGGCAAAAAUGCAAGAAGAGUAUCACAGUAGUUCUCGAAAGUACAGCAAAUCGACGGAGGAAAGGACCAUGCCAAUGGCAGGGGGUAAUUCUGGCCAGCGUGCUUAUUCCAAUGAUAAUUACAAUAAAUGGAAGAAACCAAUGAGUUUUACUAAGCCAGUGACAUCCAUUCAUAUGGAUGAGAAAAGAAAAAAAGGCCUAUGUUUCCAUUGCGAUGAGAAAUGGAAUCCCACACAUACUUGCAAAAAUCCUCGAAUUUAUUUCUUACAAGUGGAUGAAGAAGGAGGAGAGAUGGAGGAAGAGGAACCUUAUGAAAAAAAGGAAGAGCAUAACCCUUUAGAGUUAGCAACCAGCGACAACGCUGAACUUGAGAUCUCUUUGGCUGCUAUAGCUGGUACUCCUACCGUGAGAACUAUGAGGUUGAUUGGAAGUAUCAAUGGGGAGCAAGUGGUGAUCUUGCUAGACUCGGGCAGCUCACACAAUUUUAUUGAUUCAACAGUGGCCUCCAAGUCGAAGCUGCCAGUGGAUUACCUAGUCAACUUGAAGGUGCGAGUAGCUAACGGGGAAGGCCUAAACAGUGAAGGGCUGUGUAGAUCAGUCAAGCUAAAGGUGCAAGGUAAUUUGUUUCAGCUUCCUUUUCAUUUAUUAGACCUAGCUAGUUGUGAUAUUGUUUUAGAAGUCCAGUGGGUAGAAACCUUGGGCCCUAUUACUUGGGAUUUUUCUAAGCUAUUGAUGAACUUCUGGUUGGAUGGAAAGGCAAUUGAGUUGAAAGGGCUGAAAUUAAACCCUUCAGUGGUAGAGGAGAGUGAAAAAGUUUGCAAAGCCACUAUGGUAAAAGGGAAGGGAAUUUUCUUACAAAUUAUGUGUGUUGGGGAAGUGAACCAAGAACAUGGGAAGCUGGCUGAACCAUUUCUAGCAUUGUUAGAAGACCUUAAGGAGGUGUUUGAGGAACCUCAAGGACUACCCCCACCCCGUUCCCAUGACCAUCACAUAGUGCUCAAGGAGGGCACUCAACCCAUCACAAAUUGGCCAUAUCGCUACCCGUAUUACCGGAAAACAGAAAUUGAAAAAAUGGUGGCUGAGUUGUUGAGUUCGGGAGUGAUUAGACCUAGUUCUAGUCCCUUUUCUGCCCCUGUUUUGCUGGUUCGUAAGGCCGAUGGCAAUUGGCGGCUUUGCGUGGAUUAUAGGGCACUUAAUAAGGAAACGGUAAAGGCAAAGUUUCCAAUUCCAGUGAUAGAUGAGUUGCUGGAUGAACUCUUUGGAGCGGUGAUCUUUUCUAAACUCGACCUACGGUCGGGCUAUCACCAAGUAAGGGUGGUGCCUAGUGACAUUCCCAAGACGGCGUUCUGA